AUGUCAACUCCAUCUAAUAAAGCAAAAGCCGCCAAACGCGAUCCACAAGAAAACAAGACUGCCGAUACCUUGGACGAAACCCCAUCCGGAAUCACCGUCGUCUCAUCAGCAGGAGACGUCGUACUGCUCGUCCAACGAGACACUCCCACACAAAAAACAUGCAGAUACCGUGUCGACUCGGCCAGGCUGAAAGAAGCCUCGACCUAUUUCAGUCGACUCUUUUCAGGCGACUACAAGGAAGGCACUACCAUCGCUCUUGCCCACGCACAACUCAGGACCAAAUACACAACCUUAGACGCGACCGUACCUGCUGAUGAGCUUCCCGAAGUCAAGAUUGUGGAUGUUGGUCGUAUAUCGCCUACCGUCAAGACUAUCAAACCACUCAUGGCCGACUUUCUGUGCGCCUUGCACGCUCGCGACAUGACCACCCUCACCCCACCUCUGGCAAAUGUCGCCAACCUCUGCAUCGUAGCCGAUCGCUUUGACUGUCUUGAGCCAUGGCGUGCCUAUUGCAAGAGUCACAAGAUUAUUGCCGCUCUGGACGGCAAAUCCAACACCAAGGCUGCUACCACAUGGACAGAAGAGCGCACGCGCCAACGUUUGCUUGUGGGUAUCUUUUUGGACAAUGCAAGCUGGGUAUAUCAAGCAUCACUUCGUCUCAUACACCGAGGCUGGGUUGGUCGUGAACCUGAGGAAGAUGCUGCUCUGUGGUGGGAUCUUCCCAUGGGUAUGGAGUACGAGUUGCUGUUCCGUCGGGACUGCAUACUCCAAACCGUUCAGUCGAUACAGACACAUUUCCUCACUUUGUAUACGUCUCGAGAUCGUCAAUGUAAGCUCGGCUACGACAGCAGUGCCGAAUGCGACUUGUUCCAGCUGGGCCAGACGAUCAAAUUCUUCAAACGUAUCAACACCCUCUCCUUGGAAGGCACCAUCUUUGCAACCACAGAAGCUCCUGAACCCUAUGAAGGCGACAUCCUAGAUCUCGUUGACAGCUUCAAACAAGCUCCCGAGUAUCAGGUAGACAAGAACCAUCACCAUUGCGGCAUCCGCACACGCAUCAUGCCUCUGCUAGAUUUCUUGGUGCUUGCUCUGGGUGAAGUAGGGGUAUGCUGGUGGUGUUGGCAGGAUUGUAGGCAUGACUACGCCUGGUCCAAAGUCAAGAGACCGCUCAUAUGGAAGAAAGACUCUGCUGGUGCGAGCAUGCAUCAGCACUACAAAAACCGGCAGGCUCAGAGCCAUUUAUUCAAGCAUCUCGAUACCAGAGAUCUUUUCAUGGCUAAUGAGAGGCUCUGGACGUGA